UUGACUGUCAUCAUCAACCUGCGGAAGAGAAAGCAAGCCAGCUGGUCUGCUACUGUGGCAGCGUUGACAGCAUGACAAGUUUACGGAAAAAUAGCAUUAAAAGUACUAGUAAUAGUGCGAGCGCUGAGAUGAAUUUGCUCAAGGAGAUACUCAAGAUAGACAUACGGAUAAAGUUGUGCAUACAGGACAUCUAUAAUGAUUGCGCGAGUCGGGAGGACUUGGAUGCCAAAAAUUUGGAAGCUGCUGAGAGCUUGCGCACCUACAAAAAGACAGUGGAGGCUUUGAAAGCACUUGGAAUGGAGCAAGACAAAGUUCAAGACAAGGAGAGGUUGACACUGAAGGCUGAAGAGUGUGUGAGAGGAAUGAAAAUCAACACUGAAGCACUACGCAAGGCAAACCUCUUUGCCGAAAAGAACAUCCAUGACCAGUACAGAGAGCGGCUCCUGUCUGGAGGACAUGUCAGGCAAAGGGGCCGUGCAGAUAAGGAAACUCUGCUGAGGAGUACAUCUGGCAUGACGGAGAAUCUGUUUUCCAUCAGCAGAAUGAUGGCAGACCAGGUCAAGUACAGUGAAAAUGCAUUAGAUCUACUUGUGGGCACAUCAUCAAUGAUUACGGAAAGCCAACAGGAAUCUCGGCAGAUGGGUUUUGCGAUUCUACAGUCACAGAAACUUCUCACUAAGUAUGGCCGCAGGGAGAUGACUGACCGUGUGCUUAUUUUCCUAGCACUUUUGUUCUUCUUUGCCUGUGUUCUCUACGUGCUGAAACGAAGACUCUUUUGAGGAGUGAAAUAGCCCCGUUAUUGCCAUAUACUGCUACAAAAGGAAAGAAGACUGCCACUUUCUACAACGAAGUUCUGUGUCCUGGGAGUGACAAGCCAGAGGAUAAAUGUGAACAUUGAUAAAUCAAACUGCAUUUUCAAAUUCUCAGUGAUUUUGAUGCUGUGCAGAAAUGUGCGCACCGAGGUUUAUUUGUGCAAUGUCAAGUGAGGGGGCCAAGGCAGGCAGGUUGCAACAUGAUCCUUUAUUCAUAAGAAGAAUAAACAAGCACUUUUACAUCCA